CAGGAAUAAUUACAGGAGUGCAAUAUGGUAUGGGUCCCCUGGCGAAGAAGGGUAUUGUCGGACUGGUCCUAUUCUCAACACGGAUGUGAGGCGGAAGCGGAUAGCCAUCCGUCCUGAGCAACCGAAGGACGACGAGAUGCAGAUGGCAUGCAAUGACGUAUAAAGACACACCUGUAGUCCACCGAAUCAGAAAGUAAUUCAUUCUUAAUAAAAAUCCUGAAAAGUUACCGAAAUCAGUACACGAUGUCUAACGUUAAGUCGUCCAAGCCGGUUUUUCCUCAAAAUGCAGGGUCAAUAGAAUACGCGGCGUCGCUUGACGCAGCAGACCCGUUGGCAUCAUUCCGUGAAAAGUUCAUUAUCCCUUCAAAGGCAAACGUCAAUAGCAAGAAGCUUGCGAAGCCAGGUCUCUCAUCAGACCCAUGCAUUUACUUCUGUGGCAACUCUCUAGGUAUUCAGCCAAAGGCCACAGCGAAAUACUUGGAAGCACAGUUGGACACUUGGUCAUCAAUUGGUGUAUCCGGUCAUUUUGUAGAGCUCGAGGGCUCUCCUCUGAAAUCAUGGCAAUUGCUUUCGGAACAAGCCGCAGCAUCGAUGAGUAAGAUUGUCGGAGCACAAGCAGAUGAGGUUGCAGCAAUGGGAACCCUAACUGCAAACCUUCAUCUCUUGCUUGCAAGCUUCUAUAAGCCGACUCCAACAAAGCAUAAGAUUCUGUUAGAUUGGAAGGCUUUCCCCAGCGAUCAUCAGUAUGCAAUCGAAUCUCAUCUGGCCUGGCACGAUCUUGACCCGAAGCAAUCCAUGGUUCUCAUUGGCCCUGACGAGGGCGAGUAUGAGAUCUCCACAGAAAAGAUCUUGUCUUACAUUGACGAGCAUGCUGAAAGUGCAGCUCUCAUUCUUUUGCCAGGAAUCCAAUACUACACUGGGCAGCUUUUCGACAUCCAAAGGAUCACAGCCUAUGCACAGUCACGAAAUCUUACUGUUGGGUGGGAUUUAGCGCAUGCGUACGGCAACGCUGAGGUGAAAUUACAUGACUGGAAUGUCGACUUUGCAGUGUGGUGCACGUAUAAAUAUGGAAAUUCUGGACCUGGGGGAAUGGGAGGCCUUUUCGUCCACGAGAGGCACGGUCGAGUUGAUUAUAGCGAAGGAGAAGACACUCCAAAGUUUAGGCAUCGUCUGACUGGGUGGUACGGUGGUGAUAGAAGCGUGAGGUUCAAGAUGGACAAUAAGUUCAAGCCGAUCCCCGGAGCAGGUGGUUGGCAACUUUCGAAUCCUUCGGCUAUUGAUCUUGCAUCCCUCUGCGCCUCGUUGUCCGUUUUUGACGAGACAUCUAUGGCUGAGCUGCGCAAGAAGUCCGUUAUGCUAACGGCGUACUUGGAGCAUCUCUUGCUAAAAGAUACCACUGAUGAAACACGUCCUUUCCGCAUUAUCACGCCACUAGACCCCGAGGCAAGAGGGGCUCAACUCAGUCUACUACUAAAGCCCGGCUUGUUGCAGAACGUCUCCCAGAAAUUGCAAGAAGGGGGCAUAGUUUGUGACAAGAGAGAGCCAGGUGUUGUCCGCGUUGCCCCUACUCCCCUGUACAACACCUUCACCGACGUAUGGAAUUUUGUGAGUUAUUUCAAGGCUGCACUGGACGAACCAGUACUGAAGAAUUGAAUUGCGCCUUGAGAUAACCUCAAAGCCAGUGACGGUGUGGUUAAAUCAACAUCAACCUCCGCCUGUGGUAUGUGAUCUCUUGGCCGCUUUCUGUUUGCCUGUUCCCAAGUCAGCUGUAAUAUAAGAGAGCAAUUGGGCUAUAUAUUGACCAAAUAUAAUGAAUAAAUGAAAAGAAAAGGUA